AUGUCGUCAGUUAUCGAUGAUGAGUUUGCAAUCAGGCUCGAGCAAGAAAUCCAGCGCUGCCUAGCCGAUUGGAAGAUACGAGGAGCAAGCGUUACUAUAGUUCAACAUGAUAGCCACAAUAUCUUGACUUUCGGACAAAGAGACGAGCACUCUCCCGUCACUCCCUCAACCCGCUUUGCCCUCGCCUCAAGCUCCAAGCUUAUCACCGCUCUGCUUCUUGUUCGGGCCCUCGCCUCCAGCUCUCCCCCUCUGCCAGUGAGCACCCCUAUCAAUACCAUCCUUCCCUCUUUCCGUCUCGCCAACCCGCUUGCCGAAGCCGAAUGCACUGUCGAAGACAUUCUCUCCCACAGGACAGGCUUGCCGGGGUACGAUGAGAUGUUUGAACCAGGGUACGUUAUGGGAGAAUUGGUCGAGAGGCUUGCGACAUUGGAGCUGAGUGGCGGAUUCAGGGAGAGGCAUCAGUACAACUCGAUACUCUUCGAUUUAGCCGCGAUGCUCGUAGAGAAACUCACAGGUCAAGCCUUCGAUGUCUACGCCCAUGAGCAACUCUUCCAACCCCUUGGCUUAACCUCCGCCACAUUUUACCAUACUGCGGACCAGGGCGAGUUUGCGAAGUCAUCCUGGCAGAGAGUCGACCAAAACGGUGAAGGAGAUGAAGGCCGUUGGAUCGAGUAUGGUAUUGAAAGGUGUCAAGGCGCUAUAGGUACUGGAAGACUGUGGAUCGACAGCAACGACAUGGCCAGUUUCCUAUCUUAUCUUUCGACUGGUUCUUACUUGAAGCAAGAUUCGUCCAGGCCAAAUGGAUCCAAGCGCUCCCGAGUAUACCAGAAUACGCCAAAGCUGUCAUUCCCCGUACGAUCGCGGGUGCAGCUGGUGGUUUAG